AUGAACAAUAAGUUUGCAAAUACACAAGAGCUUGUUCGCCACUAUUUAAAAAAUUGUAUUUACUUUAAGCAAGCUUAUAAUAACCCUGAAGUAAAAGCAUUUUUUAAAUUUCUUUAUCCCUUAGUUAAACUACUUUUACAAAAAGAUCUUAGUAGUCGAAUUCUAGAAGAAUCAGUACAAAAAAUAAAUAUUUCUAUUCAAGAAGCAGCUCAAAAAGAUACAAAUGAUGUUACAUUAGCAUAUGACAGUUGGAAAAACAUAAAAAAAGAAUCAAUUUUUGGGAGCAUUUUAAUUACUUCAAUGGGUAAGGUCCUUAUUUGGAAUGCAGAAGAUAUAUCAGAUGAAUGUACAAGAACAUGUGCUGCUCUUAAAAAUUUAGCAACAAAGAUAGAAGAAGGCAAUAAUGAAGAUCUUAAUAACUUUUCUGAAAUUUUUCUUACUUAUAUUUCAAACAAUGAAUGGUAG